AUGAAUAAGUAUUUAAUACAAGUUUACAUACUAAUAACAUCAACUAUCAUUUGUUUUUCAUCUCCACAAAAUUGUAGCUUUUCGAAGACGAUUUCAAAAAAUAUUACAGUAUCCAAUACAUGUACAGCAUACGAUAACGUUACUAUUGGUUUAAUUGCAUCUUCGGAUAUUAUUCAAUUCGAAAUUGUAUCUUAUGCAAAUAUUCAGAUGAAUGGUAAUGUUACAUGUGUAGGAAACGGCUCAGUUGUUCAAUAUGUUAAUUCGAAUUUAAAUUUGACACAAAAAACUUGCUUUUACAAUUCAUCAAAAAUGAUAAUGAGUGAAAAUUCUCAAUUAACAACAAGCAAAGAAACCCUUUAUUUCCAUCUCUCUCAAUUGAUAAUGAAAGACAACGCAACAAUGUUUUUAAAUGGGGAUUUUGCUAUUUAUAACAAUGUUGUAUUUGUUAUGCAUCAAAACUCGUUUAUUAAAACUAAAAAUAAUUUCUAUAUAAAUGAUGCUUCUGAGUUCAUAAUGAAUGACAAUUCAAUGAUAAAUUCAACAAGUAAUUUUUAUAUUUAUUCAAAUCUGAUUAUGAAUUCAUAUUCUAAAAUUAAUGGAGUUGCUUUUUUACAUUUAUACAAAUCACAUAUAACACUCAACAACAAUUCUGAAAUAAACAUUUUAUCAUUUCAAGCUGAAAUCAUAAAGUCGUAUUUAACAUUGAAUGAUCACUCUGAAAUGAAUUUUGCUUCAUACGAAGUUGGAAAUGAAAAAUCUUAUAUAACACUAAACGAUUUUUCAAAAAGUAAAUUUAAACGUUUUUAUGUUCACAAAGGAGGCGUUAUCACACUGAAUGGAAUGACAGAUACAGCACAAAUGACAACAAAAUCAUUACAAAUUGGAAGUUGUUUUUUAAAUUGUGGAAUUUUUGAUAGUAACAUAUAUACAUCAGUACUCAAUGUGACUGGAAAGUCUUUUAUCAGUGUUGAUACCAAAUUUAUUUUUGUCAAGUCGACACUUAUAAUAAACAACAGGGAUAUCAGAGAUCUUCCUGUUGUGUUUUAUUCAGGUUCAAACCCAUUAAAUAUAACCAACUCCACUAUAAAAUCACAAAAUGAUUUUGACGUUAUAUGUUCACAGACAGCAAUAACUAAUACAACUUUAGCUGGUAUUAAGUUGUUAUUGGGUGGUAAAUUAUUGAGAUAUGGCACUUCAAAUAAAUUUUUUUGUCACGUUGAGGGAGUGACAAACAAAAUUAUGAAGUACAGUGAACCAUAUUGUCCAUGUGGUGGCACAGAAGAUUGGUAUAUCACUCCACUUCCAAAUGUGACUUCAUUGUAUGUUGAAAUAAAUCCAACAAAAACAAUUACAAAACCACGAUUUAAAACAAAUGACAAGUUUUCAUCAGAAAGUGUGUCAAUUGGUAACACACAAAUUUCUUUAUAUAAAACAGACAAUUUAGUUCUUGGUAUUUCAACACCAAAAACAGUUGGUAUUAAUUUGGUUACAUUGACAAAGACUGUGCUUUUCGUUUCAGAGACAAAAUUGACAAUUGAAAGCGCACAAUUUAACGCGGCGAUAAACACAAAAAAUGGUAUAAAAAUACUUGAAGUUGUUUUACGGUGCACCAAUGGAAUAUACAACAAAACGUCUCAAAGAUGUGAAGACCCAACUAUUUGUGAUGACAUAAAUUGUAAAUAUUGUCCUUAUAAUAAAAACAGUUGUAUUUCAUGCAAAAAUCAAUUUGCUAAUGUCAACUCUAAAUGCGAACAAAUAACAAAUUGUCAAUUAUUAAUAUCAAAUAGAUGCCUCAAGUGUGCAAAUAAAUUUUUAUUACAAGGUGGGUUGUGUGUAAGUGAUGAGAUUUGUUUACUUGAACAAAUAGAUGGGAAGUGCCAGAUAUGCAACACAAACAAUGGGUACAUUAACAACAAUGGCAAGUGUGUUAAAAGUGAAACAAACAGUGAAGUGAUCACUAACUACAAUAUUGUUUCUUGCAACAAAGGUUUCGUAUCCAAUACAACAAAUUGUUUGAAAUGUAAUGAAUUUUACACAAAUUCAGAAAUAUGUGAAAAUGGAAAGGCGACAAAAUGUGAUAAUUUGAGUGAAAUGAACACAAAUGGAAUAUGCGAAAACAAAGAAUGUGUAAUUCCAAAUGACCAAAAUGGGAGAUGCACAACAACAAUUGAUAAUUGUAAAUAUCUAUCAAAUGGUAAAUGCAACGAAUGUGAAAGUUCGUACAUCUUAAAUAAAAAUAAAUGUAACAAUAACAAAGAACAAAAUUGUAUUGUUCAAAACAAUUUUGGGUGUUUGAAAUGCGAUGAAGAUUAUUAUUUUGAUGAGUCAACAAAACAAUGUGAAAGUUGUGAUUCAAAUUGUUUGACGUGUUUUGAAACAUCAACAAAAUGUCUCAGCUGUUCACAAAACACAUAUUUGUCAAUUUACAAAUGUAACACAAAUGAAGACUUAAAUUUGACGUGUGACCGGUAUGCAAGUUUUGGAAGUGGCUGUGUUGUGUGUAAAGACGGGUAUUAUCGAGUUGGACUUGACUGUUUUGAAUGUGAUUUAAAGUGUGGAAAGUGCCUUAACACAAAUAGUUGUCUCACCUGCAAUUCAACCAAUUACAAAACAACUGGCGGUGAUUGUUUGCCACAAAGUGAUAUUGUUGGGUGUGCUGUGAAUGUCACACAAAGUGGGUGUUCAAAAUGUCAAGAUGGGUAUUAUACAGUCAACACAAAUGAGUGUCAAAAAUGUGAUGAUAACUGCAAUACAUGCACAUUAACAAGCAAUAAAUGCACUUCAUGUGUUGAUUCACUUGUGUUGCUUGCAAAUGGAAGUUGUGUUGGUGUAUCACAAAUAUCUAAAUGUCAAGAAAUAACACAUUCAAAGUGUUCAAAAUGCUUAUUUUGGUACAGCCCAAAUAAAGACGGCACAAUGUGUAGGUCGCAAACUGUUUGGUGGGUCAUUCUUAUUGUUGUCAUGUUUGUACUCAUUGUGUUAUUUGUUCUAAUCGUGACAAUUGUAAUUGUUACAAAGAUCAUUCUCAACAAAGCCCACACACAUAAAAUUGAGAAGACAACAACACUUUUUGCAAUGAACAAAUCCAAUAUCAACUUUGUUCCUCUCCAAGGCGGUGUCUGUGUUUCUUCAAACGUGAUCGACUUGAAUUCAGACAUCGAGCAAAUAGAAGUUAACGAAGAGACGCGGCAGGUGUUGUGUGUUGGAAAUACAAAUAAAACUGCCACCAAAAUACAAUUCACAAUUGCAUCAAACAUCACAAAGUUUACAAUUCGUGUUGAUCCAGAAGUUGUCACACUUAAAAGUAACUUUGCAUGUGAAUUUUCUGUAUUUGUCAAGCCGUUGUGUUCGUGUAAAAUUAACAACACAAUUCAAAUUAUUUCCAAAAACCUCAAAACAAAUAAAGAGAAAUACAACGAAAUCUCACUUGUCGGUGUGACACAACAAUCAACGCGAAUUGAUUAUGACGAAUUAACAGAAGACAAGAAACUUGGUGAAGGCUCGUUUGGUGUUGUUUUUAAAGGAAGUUUCAGAGGAAAUGUUGUUGCAAUUAAAAAGAUGAAAACAGUUUUUGAUGAUAAUAAGUUGAUGGACGAAUUUGAAAAUGAAGUGUCAAUGCUUGACAAGUUUAGGUGUGAGUAUAUCGUCCAUUUCUACGGUGCCGUGUUUAUACCAAGCAAUGUGUGUAUGUUAACCGAAUUUGCACAAUAUGGGAGUUUGCAAGACUUGAUGAAACACAAAACAAGUGAUGAU